CAUGUACAUCUCCAUCACGCAUAUACACAUGGGUAUAUGCGAACAGCUGAUGGCCUUGACAAACACGUGUUUCAAUGCGAUACAAGAACGCUUCUUACAGCUCGAAGACCCAACAGGCAAUCGGUUCGCCUGUCGCACGUGUCCUUACAUCUAUAAGAUAAAAAACGCGGCCACCGCGCGUACUUAUUUCAAUGAAAAGCUAGCGAAGACGGUCAUCGUCAACAAGGAGACCGCGUGGGAGGGAGUAGAUUCGACGGACGAGCGUUGCCCCAAGUGUUCGCAUCCGCGCGCCUACUUCAGGCAACUGCAGACAAGAUCCGCCGACGAGGGUAUGACCCUAUUCUACAGAUGUUGCGAUCAUUCGUGUGCUCACACGUGGCGAGUCAAUACGUGAAUCAGCAGAGGCAAGCAGUUCAAAGCAUUCGAGGUAUCAUGAGUCCCAGUUCAAUGGGCCCUACGAAAGUCAACAUGAACCGUGCGAAGAACGAACUGAAGCUGAUCGGACCGCAGGAGAAACACUGGUUCUGCGGUGGCGACCGAACCAUCGCGAUGGCGGCGCAGUUGCUGCAGCAGGGUAAGGUGAUUGCGAUCCCGACGGAUACGAUAUAUGGUCUUGCUGGAGUGGCUGUUAACCCGCACGCUGUCCAGCGGCUAUACGAGAUCAAACGACGUGAUGGGAGCAAGCCACUGGCGAUCUGUCUGAGUAACAUCAAGGAGAUUGGCACAUGGGGUGUUCUGGAUGACGUGCCGUCCGGUAUGCUGGACGUCGUGCAGAUCGUCGGUCCAUUGGCACUCAACAUUAGUAACGUUCUUCCGCAGGCCUUCAAUCCUGGUCUGGAGACUGUAGGGAUUCGCGUGCCCGACAGUAAGUUUGUGCGCAGCGUCGUGCAGAUCGUCGGUCCAUUGGCACUCACCAGCGCCAACAUUAGUAACGAGCCAAGCAAUCUACACCCGGACGAAUUCCGCGCACUGUGGCCUGAGCUCGAUGGCAUCUUCCACGAGAUGUUCAACUCGAACAAGCAACUCGAUCGCCGGCGAGUCGGCUCCACCGUGGUGGAUCUGUCGAGGCCAGGUUAUUAUAGAAUUGUGCGUCAUGGUAUUGCAGCGAAUAUCAUCGUUGGUGUAUUGAACAAAUAUGGACUGAAGCAAAUUACAGAUAAUAUGUGCACCACGUGAUUAAUUUCUUAACUGUGAAUGGGGCAUAUUGCAUAUUAUAUUUAAUCAUCGUAUAAUGUUUAUAGAAAAUAAAAUCAAAAAAAUUAUAUCCGGUUAUUUCUAGCAUGCAUUUAAAAGAUUUGUUUUUACAUUGUAGAUGUAAAAAUCAUUGUAUGUUAACAAUGUACGUUCCAAAAACUCAAGACAACCUCAGUUUUUUAAUGAAAGAAGUAGUUUUGACAUUUUUAUUAUUUUAAUUUGUUUUCCGUUAAGAACAAAAUUGUGCAUAUAGUAUUUUAAAUUAUUAUUUUAUUUUUCAUCAUCAAUAUCUCAAAAAUAAUACAGUUGAUUGUGAUGUAUAUAGGUUCUGAAAAGGUUUUUUUAAAGAUUUUUUUGCAUUUUAUUUUCAGUCUGAAAACAUUUUAUACUCUUCCCUAUAAAAUGUCAUUAAAUAAUUCUAAGCUUUUAUUUCAAUUUAUUUAGUAAUUUCUUAGGUUUUUAUUUUUAAAGUAGCCAUUAAAAUAUAUUUAUUAUUUAAAUAGAAAAUUUAUUUUCUUCUAUCUAUGACGAUACCGGUGAUUGUAAAAUGAAGGUGUUUAAAGACAAAUAAAUGUUUAUCGAUGAAAA